ACGUGGCUGUGUGUUGAUAUUGUACUCAGAAAGAAUCGACUUGUCGAAAAUAAUUUUAGAUGACAUCUGGACGUGCUAACUAUCGUUUACGGCAAACAGUGUAGUAUUUGUUGUAUAGCCUCCCGUACGACUUCUCCAGGUAUUCCAGUUUCCAGAAGUAGCUACUAAAACCUCUUUAUUACUUUACAAAAGUCACCAUAUUGCAUAUUUUGGCGUGUCCAAUAAAAACUAGCCUCCAGAGUUUUACAUCUGGAAGAAUCAAAUGUGUUGUACAUGGUAGAGCAAUGAGUACUAGCUUGAUUAGACCUAAAUCAAACCUGUGCAAUCAAAAAUGUAUUUAUUUCGCACAGUCUAUACAGUGGACGUAAAUCACAGAGCUCGUAUGCAUUCGUUGAUUGAUUUAAUAAACAAGUGGUUUAGGAAAGAUCAAAUAGUGAAAAGUGCAUGUGUGAUAUGUAAUCAGAAAAAACCUCAAUGCAUAAUUAUUGAAAAGAUUAAAUAAAUAGGAAAUGCUCCCAGCUGACUGCAAAGGAAAUAACCUCCUUGGCAUUUAUCACUGGUUCACCUGACUCAGCCUCAAUCUCUUAAAAUGUGGUGUGGGAAAUAUAGUAAUUCACUGUGCAGGAAGCAAGCUCAUUAGCUGGGUAAUCACUCUGCUGUCACAAUACUCUGACCAAAGGACAAACCAUGGAGGGACAGCAUUUGGCAGUAUUAAGUGUAGCUGCUCUGUCCCUUUUGAAAGCGGGUGAAGUAAUAUGAUAUGACAACAGUGGGUUCUUGGGAGUGCAUACUCGUCCUCUGUGUACCUUUGUGCCUAAUGCGGCGUGCUAGUUGCCUAGUCGGAGUCCCUUUUGUAUGGUGGACAAGCACAGAUGCCUAAAAAAAUGUUGCUUGGAUUUAAAGAGGUUGCUAUUAUUGUGCUCAGUGGAGUUGAGUAGUUGUGCAGUACAUCUCCGUUGUUAAAUUAUUGACAGUCUCACUCCAUUUAUUCCUCAUGAAUAAUAUAUCAUAGUCUGAGGAUGUUAUCAUCUUAAGGCCAUAAAAGUGUUCAAACUGAUCCUGGGUCUGUCUUUAUGGAAAGUGAAUAUUCCUAAACCCCUGUAUGUGUUGAGAAAGCAAACAGUCUCAGAGAUAAAACCUAUUGAUGGGCCUGCAAAGUAGAACAGAAGUGGAAAGAGCCUUUGAUCAACAGUGCAUAUGAUGGAACUCGAUGUUUUCUGCUCUUAUAGCUGAGAGGACUAGUGAUGAGGGGGCGAUACACUGAGCCUAUUCAGUUUCAGAGGCAUAGCUUAAAGGAAAGACAGUGCAUCAUCUGUAAGGUGUGGGUGGAGCUUUGGCCUCUGGCUGUCUGCUCUCAGUUCCUCUGUCCACAGCUAGAGACUUAUCAACUGUGGAGAUUUUUCAUCAGACUCAGCAAUAGGUGUUGUUUCCUGUAGCCAGCUAUGGCACCAGGGGAUGUGGUGCCAGACCAUGUCAAGCAGCUGAAGUCCAAGGAGAAGCGGCCUGGAAACAGGGCACCGAAAGCAGACUGUGAGCCCGAUGGCUCCUUUGUCUUCGAGGCUCAUGAGGCUUGGAAGGACUUCCAUAACUCCCUCAGGCAUUUCUACGAAGUGGGGGAGCUCUGUGACGUCACGCUGAAGGUUGGCAGUAGGUUGAUACCAUGCCACAAGCUGGUGCUGGCUUGCGUUAUCCCUUACUUCAGGGCCAUGUUCCUGUCCGAGAUGUCGGAGGCCAAGCAGGAACUGAUAGAGAUCAAGGACUUUGAUGGUGAUGCCAUCCAGGACCUGGUUCACUUUGCCUACUCCUCCAAGCUCACACUGACUGUAGACAAUGUCCAGCCACUGCUUUAUGCUGCCUGCAUCCUUCAGGUGGAGUUGGUGGCGAGAGCCUGCUGUGAGUACAUGAAGGCCCACUUUCACCCCACCAACUGCCUGGCAGUUCGUACUUUUGCUGAGAGCCACAAUCGCGUGGACCUCAUGGACAUGGCUGACCGCUACGCCUGCGAGCAUUUCACUGAGGUGGUGGAGUGCGAGGACUUCACAUGUGUGUCUCCCCAGCACUUGCGUACAUUAUUGUCCUCCAGUGAGCUCAAUAUCCACUCAGAGACGCAGGUGUACAAUGCAGCAGUGAAAUGGCUGAAAGCAAACCCACAGCACCACGAGGCCUGGCUGGACCAGAUCAUGUCUCAGGUGCGCCUCCCCCUGCUCCCUGUAGAGUUCCUGACUGGAACGGUGGCUAAGGACGAGAUGAUCAAAGGUAACCUAAGUUGUCGUGACCUGAUGGAUGAAGCCAGGAACUAUCACCUCCACCUCAGCAACAAGGUGGUGCCUGAGUUUGAGUAUUCAGUCCGUACCAUACCCCGGAAACACACUGCAGGGGUUUUGUUCUGUGUGGGUGGCCGGGGGGGUUCCGGUGACCCAUUUCGCAGCAUCGAGUGUUACUCCAUUACUAAGAACAGCUGGUUUUUCGGCCCUGAAAUGAACAGCAGACGGCGUCACGUGGGUGUAAUAUCUGUAGGAGGCAAGGUUUAUGCCGUUGGGGGCCAUGACGGUAACGAGCACUUAGGCAACAUGGAGAUGUUUGACCCCCUCACCAACAAAUGGAUGAUGAAAGCCUCGAUGAACACCAAGAGGAGGGGUAUAGCCCUGGCAGCUCUUGGUGGUCCUAUCUACGCUAUUGGAGGUCUGGACGACAACUCCUGCUUCAACAACGUUGAGCGUUAUGAUAUCGAAAGUGACUGCUGGAGCACUGUGGCUUCGAUGAACACACCCAGAGGAGGAGUGGGAUCUGUGGCGUUGGGGAGUUUUGUGUACGCAGUGGGAGGCAACGAUGGCGUGGCGUCACUGUCCAGUGUGGAGCGGUUUAACCCUCACCUCAACAAAUGGACAGAGGUCAGCGAGAUGGGUCAGCGACGAGCAGGAAAUGGAGUCAGCAAACUGAACGGCUGCCUCUACGUCGUGGGUGGUUUUGAUGACAAUUCACCGCUGAGCUCCGUAGAGCGGUUUGACCCUCGAAUGCACCGCUGGGAGUAUGUGUCUGAGCUGACCACGCCACGUGGCGGAGUCGGGGUUGCUACCGUGAUGGGGAGAGUGUUCGCAGUCGGAGGUCACAACGGGAACAUCUACCUGAACACAGUGGAGGCUUUUGAGCCUCGAAUGAACAGAUGGGAGCUGGUGGGUUCAGUGUCUCACUGCCGUGCCGGAGCCGGGGUGGCUGUCUGCUCGUCUCACGUCAGCCAGAUCAGGGACGUCGGCCAGGGCUCCAGCAACGUGGUCAACUGCAUGUGACCGCCGCCGCCGUUCCUCUUAUUACCAGGUGACUGACUGCCAGGUCACCAUCAGAUCUGACCACUGCACAAGCACAUGACACAAAGCACACAGACGGUGACAGCUACAUUAUUACUGUCGCUGUCUGAGCAUCAGCCUCAAACUGAUCAAGGCUGAUGUUCAGUUUGCACUCGGUGGCUGAAGAGUAUUAGGGAGAUUUAACUGACUUGAAGUGCACAACUGACAAAUCUGAAGUCUUCUCUGGAAAAAAAAAAAAAGACAUUCAAGACAUUCUUCUUGACUUGUGCUGGUGUUAUUUGCAAUCAGUGAUGUAGUAUUUUGUACUGUAUUUUCUUUUGUUUGACUGCCUUGACAUAGUUUUGACUUUUUUUUUUUUUUUUUUUUUAAAGGGAAAACAUAAGCUGAGCCUUGAAUUUAAUACUAACCUCUUCAGAAGGAGGAGGUGAGCUAGGAUUCAGAAGUACUAGGUGACUUAACUGUGCACAUUAUCAACAUGGGCUGUCUAGUGGGCCAGUAUGAAAACAUUUAAAUUGUCUCCUGUGUAAGACUGUCUCUGGGUUACUCUUUGGCUCUGCAGUUAUUUUCAUUAUCCAGAGAGAAGAAGGUGAAUCAGUGAUUUUAAAACAAUCAUACUGGAUUCAACACCUUGUUUGCAGUGUAGUGUGUGAAAUUAAAGCACAAACAUUUUCAUCAGUCAGUGUCAAGUAGGUUGUUAAGAUAUCAAAUUCAUUUCCAGGAUUCCUGCGAUCUUUUCCCAGGGUAAGUGAAAGCAUCCGUUCUGGCAGUUUGACCUUAAAAGUACAUUGUAGAACUGUUCUAUCAGCUGCAGUAAGCUGGCUCAUACCCGUGCAGCUCUGUAAUUGUGUUUGAACAAUCAUUUUAAGGCUGACUGGGGACAAAUCAGUCACUGGUCAGGAGGUGACCGCUUCGGGGAAUUUAACUGAUGUAAGUGCCAAACAGGAGGGGGAAAAAAAAAAGUGUGUGAGCCGCCUUUACCUCGACCUCAGAAUUGAGAAAGGUUUGACAGCUAAAAAUCUUGAGAGUGAAGGACUGAUCAGAGCAAUACAGUGCACCUCUCCAGUUCUCUUUCAGUUUACAUUAUCGUAUAGAGAUCUCUUCAAACUGACAGGGGCAGAUUUUUCAGAUUUAAGAUUUGUGUUUGACGAUAGCUGGACUGUCAGUAAUCCUAGUCAGAGAGUUUUCAGAUGUGCGUGAGAUUGAGACGAGGUUUGUCUCUGCAGAUGGUUCCGUUAUAUUUUAAUAUAUGGACAUUUUUGUAUUAUAAAAUAGGUGUAUCUUUGGUAUUAUUCUUUACUACACUACCCUAAUCCAUUGCUGUGCACUAUUUUCCUAGAAUAGAUAUGAAGUCUGAGUAUAUUUUUGUCCUAAAUGGAGAAUUUCAUGUUAUUCAUGUUAUGAGUUUGAAGAUGUUUAUUUAACACUUAUGCCUAUAUCUGCCAUAUCGAAGAAAAAUGUAAUAAUCCCUGGCGACAAUUUUGUUUUUCAGAAAAUGCUGACAGAGCGAUGUCUAUACAUGGUUUAUACAAGAAGUAGACAUAUUAUUGCACAGAUUGUGUCCUAAAGCUAUCAAUCAUUUUUACUCCUAAACUGAAGUCGCUGCCAACGUUGUCAGCAAAUGAGCCAGAUACCGAGUUUUUUGUCAACUUUACUGUACUUUGUGUUGUUCUUCCUCCUUUUGACUGCUUCCUUCUUGUGCUUUUUAUUCACAUGGUAUUGGUAUAAAUUGGUAAAAUAAAGUUAUGUGUAAAGUUCA